UCAUUGCAGAGUUGCGCUUAGUGCGCUAAUAGCGAGGAAAGAAUUAGUCUCUCGGCUUAAGUCGUGCGAUGAUACCUGGGCUUAGGAGCUCUCUCUGUCUUCUUGUAUUAAAAAAAAGAAGCUCUCUGUCUUCUCUUCCUUGUUUUCCAUUUUGAAACGCAGAGUGGAGAAACCAAAUGGCAGAGAAUAUGAAGAGAAGCAACUUUGAAGUGUUGGGAAUGUGUUGUGCAACAGAAGCAGCACUUGUUGAGAGAAUUCUGAUGCCUCUUCAUGGAGUCAAACAUGUCUCAGUGAUAGUCCCUACCCGAACAGUCACUGUGGUUCAUGAUCUUCUUCUAAUUUCUGAGUCACAAAUAGCUGAUGCACUGAAUUCAGCAAGGCUUGAAGCUAGUUUUAGACCACAGGGAGAAGCCAAUAAUGAAAAGAAAUGGCCAGACUUAACCACAAUGGCAAGUGGAUUGCUACUGGCACUUUCUUUCCUCAAGUAUAUAUAUCCCCCUUUGGGAUGGUUGGCUCUUGGUUCUGUUAUCAUUGGCUUCCCUAGAAUUCUAAUCAGGGCCAUAGCUUCCAUUAGGGUUCUUACUCUUAAUAUCAACAUUCUGGUUCUUUUGGCAGUGUGUGGUACUGCUGCUUUACAAGAUUUUACAGAUGGUGGAGUCAUCACCUUCUUGUUCUCCAUUGCUCAGUGGCUUGAGACAAGAGCAACUCACAAGGCAAUGGUUGCAAUGUCCUCUUUAACGAACAUGGCUCCUCAAAAGGCCAUUGUUGCUGAGACUGGCGAACGUGUUGAUGUAAAUGAUGUCAAGAUCAACACCAUCCUUGCAGUCAAGGCUGGUGAUGCUAUUCCUCUUGAUGGGGUUGUGGUGGAAGGAAAGUGUGAAGUUGAUGAAAAGAUGUUAACAGGAGAGUCAUUCCCCGUCACCAAAGAGUUAGAUUCUGUAGUCUGGGCUGGAACUAUUAAUCUGAAUGGAUAUAUCAGUGUAAAAACUACUGUUUUGGCAAAUGACACAGUGGUGGCAAGAAUGUCCAAAAUGGUUGAAGAGGCUUCUAGCAGAAAAUCUCGAGCACAAAGAUUCAUAGAUAAUUUUUCAAAGUACUAUAUUCCUGUGGUUGCCUUGAUUUCAGCUAGCAUUGCUGUGGUUCCGGUUGCAUUAGGAGUUCCUGAUAUUGAGCCUUGGUUUCAUCUAGCAAUUGUAGUUUUAUUGAGUGGAUGUCCUUGUGCUCUCAUCCUCUCCACGCCUGUUGCAGUCUUUUGUGCUCUCACAAAAGCUGCAAUAAGUGGAUUACUGCUGAAAGGUGGAGAUUAUCUUGAAACACUUUCUGGAAUUAAGACAGUGGCUUUUGAUAAAACGGGCACAAUAACAAGAGGAGAGUUCUCAGUGACAGAUUUUUGUGCUGCCGAUGACAUUAGCAUCGAGACCUUAUUGUACUGGGUUUCAAGUAUUGAGAGUAAAUCAAGUCAUCCCAUGGCAGCUGCACUAGUGGAAUAUGGAAUGUUGCAAUCUAUUAAACCAGUCCCUGAAAAUGUGGAGAACUUUCAAAAUUUUCCGGGGGAAGGAAUUUCUGGUACAAUUGCUGAGAGGGAUGUCUAUAUAGGCAAUAGAAGAAUUGCUGUCAGAGCUGGCUGUGAAAGAGUCAAUAACCACAUGCAAGUUCAAAGUCACGAGACUUCGACCCAAAAACAAUGCUGUGAGCCAACUCUAGUUGGAGUCUUCAGUCUAGUUGAUGCUUGCAGAUCAGGUGCUUUGGAGGCAAUAGAAGAGCUGAACUCAUUAGGCGUGAGAUCAGUCAUGCUGACAGGAGAUAGCGCUCAGGUUGCUAAAUUUGUGCAGAGCCAGUUGAACAAUGCUCUAGACAUUGUACAUGCAGAGCUUCUACCUCAUGAAAAGGCAGAGAUUAUUGAGAAUUUCAAGAAAGAUGGGCUAACAGCGAUGAUUGGAGAUGGCAUUAAUGAUGCUCCUGCAUUAGCUACAGCUGACAUUGGCAUCUCAAUGGGGAUAUCUGGAUCCGCUCUUGCAAAUGAGACAAGCGAUGCGAUUCUCAUGUCGAACGACAUCAGAAAAAUACCUGAGGCCAUUAGGCUAGCAAGAAAAACAACUAGGAAGCUCAUUGAGAAUGUCAUUAUCUCAGUAGGCUCCAAGAGUGCUGUGCUGGCAUUAGCAAUUGCAGGAUAUCCUCUAGUUUGGCUUGCUGUGUUGACUGAUGUUGGUACCUGUUUACUAGUGAUUCUCAAUAGCAUGCUUCUCUUACAAGAGAAACCCAGAUAUGAAAGAGAAUCUAAGAGGUCGAAAUAUGGCAAUUUCUUGGAAGAUAAGACUGCAACUCUACUUGACAAGGAAAGUAAUGGUGAUGAGAAGCAAGGACUUCUUACCGAGGAAAAGUGUGGUGAAAAGUGCUGUAAAAAUGACACUCAUCAUGUGGCAACCACAAAUGCAAGCAAACAUCCUUCUGGAUUUUCAAAGUUGAGUUCAUUCAAGGGAAAUGACCAUGGGAAUUUGAUCUUUGUAGAAAUUUAUGUGGUGAAACCUUGCAAUGUUUCUUGUGUAGACAAAGUCAAAAUGGGUGAGGACUCUUCAUGCAGAACCAAGAAUAGCUCUGACUGUGGCACUGAAUCUGUUACAACAACACAAGGUGCCAGCAUUGGUAUCUAUGAAGACAAAACAAUGGAUAUUUCAAACAUGAGUGGGACAAGUGGGAUUCCCCAGUGCUGCAAGAAUGGAUGCUGUAGUGAACAAGUUAAUGAUGACAGCAUGCUUAGCCAGCCAGAAAUUAUUAUUGAAUGAUUGGUAGUGAAAAAAACAUAAAAGCUUUUCAUCUCCCUUGUAACUCAAACAGACAUGAAAUUUAGGACAUGUGGUUGUCUAAGUUACCUCAAUAUUAAAUACCCUCAUCUAAGAUGGAUCAAUAUAACCAUAGUUUUUGUCCUAA